AUGCGAAAUCGACACGAUGCAGCUGGCGAUGAUGACCUGGAAGACGAAAACAAUGUGGAACGCAAUUUCUGGGUGACGUUCAUUCGGAAGAAUCCCAUGAUGCGGACAGGAGGCGCCGCGGUCUCGACGGCCGACCUGGCGGCCUGGGGCGACGCGGAUCCAGCGCUGAUGGGGCCCCACGGGCCCUCGUUCAUUGGAAAGGUCUUUCGAGAUCCGAUGUCUGCCAAGGACGGUCACAACCGCUUUGACUUCCACGCUGUGGAUCUGUGGACACGCCCCACGGUGGAGGGAUCCAUCGAGAAGUUAAAGAAGGAUCGAGACCCGGUGGCAUGGGUUGGAUACCUUUUCAAACCCGUGCCAUUGCUCUACCGUACUUGGAUGUAUCAUGAAUCCUAUCGGCACCACAAGAACAUCGACGCCAGCGCGGACGACACCGGGGUGAUCCGGGAGAUUUUGAACUUCUCCGCGGUGGACGCGGACCUAGCAGCAGGUCGUUGGUCUCCACUGGUCGCACUGGUACCGGCCUCCUUCUUCUGUGCCUUGACCUGUGACGAGCUCUCAGUGGGUGCGGCGGUGGUUUUGACCUGGAUCAUGCAACGGGCGGGGAUGAUCUUGAAUAGUCCCGAGCGUUACAAGGAACUCCGCUUUUGGCUGCUCAUCCCUCGACUGGCCUGGAUCGCCUUUGUGAUCUGGCGCGCCAUCAGCUGGGUCCCGCAGGCGGUGCCGCUGAAUAUCAUUGGGCUCGCUGGCACGUUGAUCUUCUGUAUGCUAGACUUUUACUAUGGAGACAAAGAAACCAUGGCGAAGUUUCGACUCAGCUGCCAAUAUGAAGUCAUCAAGGUCCUUCCAAAUCGCGUCUUCGUGUGCCGUCGUGUUGGGGCUGCGGAUUUGGAACAACUCUUUGGAUCUCGAGGACACGUCCACCAGAACGUUACAGGCAUUGGGCAGUGGGGCAAAGAUAUGGUGUUGAUCGCUGAAAUUAUGGGAUGCAUUUUCGAGCUACGGCCUUUUAACCAGAAGGACUGGAAUUUGCUUAUUCAACAAAGCGAAGGUGAUGACAAUGCCCGCCUCUCGGUUUGGGGCCUCGACUGCUAUGAUAAAGGCUGCCCCACCUGGCUUGAUCUUCGACGAAGGCAACAGGUGGAAACAGUUGCGUUCAUGAUGAAGGUGGGCACUCGUCAUGCCUCUGGAGCGGUGGAUGCUGACAGGCUGCUGAAUCAACUUGAAGCUAACAAGAGCCUCUUUGAACGCGAUGCGGAGGCGCACAAAGGAUUUGAAGAUCUGCGAGAGAAUUCUCCACCAGGUACACCCAAAAAUCAGGCUGGAAUCCUGGAUGAUGACGCUCUUAACUAG